CCGCACGUGCCCAACUCCCAACUCCUCGUCGUCUACUCGUCUCCCUGCACCAACACCAAUCCCCUCGCUCUCGCCCGCUCCGCCGCGCCCCGUACCGACGGCGGCGACAUGGCCGAGUACCGCCUCGGACUGCAGCUGCACGGCCACGCCGACGACGUUCGUGGCAUCUGUGUGUGUGGCGAUGCUGGAAUCGCAACAUCGUCGAGGGACCGGACCGUGAAAUUCUGGACCCGGAACCCAGAAAAGGAGAGUGAAUAUGUUCUCUCCAAGACACUUGCAGGACAUUCGAGUUUUGUCGGCCCAUUGGCUUGGAUCCCUCCUUCGGACCGCUUUCCUGAAGGUGGAAUCGUCUCUGGUGGAAUGGAUACAUUUGUUUUCCUCUGGGAUCUGCAAAAAGGAGAAGUUGUUGAGACAAUGAAGGGGCACAAUUCGCAAGUCACUGGACUUGCUGUGGACACUAACGGUGACAUCAUCUCUUCAUCCAUGGAUUGUACUGUAAGACGGUGGAGAAAUGGCAGUGCUAUAGAGGUGUGGGAAGCGCACAAGGUUGCAGUGCAAACUGUUCUAAAGCUGCCCACAGGGGAACUCUUUACUGGUUCAAGUGAUUCCACUAUUAAGCUUUGGAAAGGAAGGACUUGCCUACAGACAUUCUCAGGACAUGCAGAUACUGUUAGAUGUUUAGCCUCAAUGCCAGGUCUAGGAAUUCUUUCUGCCUCACACGACAGCACUAUCAAGUUAUGGGCGUUGACAGGUCAGCCUCUGCUGGACAUGAUUGGUCAUUCUUCCCUUGUAUAUUCUGUGGAUGCACAUUCUUCAGGUCUUAUUGCUAGUGGCAGUGAGGAUCGCUCUUUGAAGAUAUGGAAAGAUGGUGUCUGCAUUCAAAGCAUUGAACACCCAGGAUGUAUAUGGGAUGCUAAAUUCUUGGGAAAUGGGGAUAUUGUAACUGCUUGUUCUGAUGGCACUACGAGGAUAUGGACAGCAGAUUCUAGCAGGUUCUGCAGUGAUGAGGAACUUGCAGCUUAUACAGAUCUUAUUUCUCAAUACACACUCAGCAGAAAGACUGUUGGUGGGCUUAAGUUGAUGGAUCUACCAGGAGUGGAGGCACUGCAAGUUCCAGGGAACUCUGAUGGACAAACACUAAUUGUUAGAGAAGGGGACAAUGGUGUAGCAUAUUCUUGGAAUUCAGCAGAGUUAAAAUGGGACAAAAUUGGUGAAGUAGUGGAUGGGCCUGGUGAUGCUGCUCAAGGCCAGGUUCAUGAUGGUGUUCGGUAUGAUUUUGUUUUUAAUGUUGAUAUUGGAGAUGGAGAACCCAUACGAAAACUACCGUAUAACCGUUCAGAUGAUGCAUACACAGUCGCUGACAAGUGGCUCCUGAAAGAAAAUCUGCCGUUGACAUAUCGCCAACAGGUUGUUGAAUUUAUACUGCAGAAUUCUGGCCAGAACAACUUUGUUCCAGAUCCAUCUUUUCGGGAUCCCUAUACUGGGGCCAACGCAUAUGUACCUGGGCAACCAUCGUCAUCGAAUGGUAAUGCUCCAAAACCAAUUUUCAAGCACAUACCAAAGAGUGGAAUGCUAUUAUUUGAGACAGCUCAGUUUGAUGGAAUCCUAAAGAAAGUUACAGAGUUUAAUGCAAGACUUUCAUCUGACUCGGAACAGAAACAAUUAUCUCUGUUGGAGACGGAGAUGUCAAGAUUACCUGCCAUAGUGAAAGUGUUGAAAGAGACAUCAUUUUAUCACAUAAGUAAACUUGCAGAUGCUGAUAUGGCAUUGUUGGUAAAGAUAUUGAAGUCUUGGCCUCCACAAAUGAUGUUUCCAGUUAUUGAUUUUCUGAGAAUGUUCGUGUUGCAUCCUGAUGGAGCUGCUUUACUUCUCAAGACCAUCGAAACUGGAAAUGAUAUACUUUUGGAAACCUUUCGUAAAGCUGUUGCGCCGCCUGUACAGCCAGCAAAUUUGCUUACAGUUCUUAAAGCUGUGACAAACUUGUUUGACAACUCAUGCUUGCACCAGUGGUUGAGGAUCCACUGUGCUGAGAUCAUUGAUUCCUUGUCUAACUGCAAAUCUUCUUUUAGCAAGAAUGCACACUUGGCAUAUGCCACGCUUCUACUGAACUAUGCUGUUCUUUCAAUUGAAUCAAAGGAAGAACAAAGUCAGGCGCAAAUUCUUUCCGCCGCCCUUGAAAUCGCUGAAGAUGACACUCAAGAUUUUGACUCAAAAUACCGGGCACUUGUUGCAAUCGGUUCUCUUAUGCUCAAGGGCCUCGUGAAGUCCCUUGCUCUCGACCUUGAUGUUAAGAGCGUCGCGAGCAGCGCAAAGUCUUCUAUGGACACGAAGGUUGCAGAAGUUGGAGGUGAUAUCGAAUCACUAACAAGAUGAGAAGAGGUUUUGCAUGCAGCUGGGCCAUUUGGGACAUUGCUCCUUCACUUGGGGUGCCAAUGUGCAUGACUUAAAACCGUGGGGCUGGGGUUUGCGCGGCAGGCCAAUUCAGACGCCCUCCUGGACCUACCACGUUUCUCCUUCCAAAAAAACACAUUGGGUUUUGAUUAUUAUUUCACCUUGUAACCAUCAUGGAAGUGUGGAUUUUGGGUGGUAGUGCUUAGAUUAUGUACAUUGAAUAGCUGGGCUAGUUGGCCUCGACAGAAGCCUUGAGCGACUGUGUACGUGGACGGUGACAGCCCAAUAGGCAUCCUCUAUACUUUAAUAGUUGCAUUCAUCUCACAAAGUUCAUAUCCUCAUCACGGCUCCUUGAAAAAUGAUGAAGAGCCUGUUUUAUCUGGGCUCUAUUGGUCUAGUGCUGUGGAUCUGCUGUGUGUCUUGUCCUUGUGUUCUUUGAGCUCUUGGGACUCUAAUUGCUAGGAGUGCAGUGUACGCUCGAGCUUUUUUGUUGGUACACGGUGUUGUAGCGCGACUGCUACAGUAACUGCUUGGAGUGUUAAUGGUCAUGGCCAUCUUUUGGAAAAAA